CGUGCGCGGCCUGGGCUAAGGGCGUGGCUGCGGAAUUACCCCCGAUAGGUCGCGGGCGAAGCUUGCCUUGGGAUCUGCUUCCGGAGCAGCCGGAAGACGUGGGAGUCGCGACCCCAGCCCGGGUAAGGCUGGGAGCCGCGCAGGCCUGGGCGAGUGGCGCGGCGCGGCGCCGGGGCUCCUGGGCUCCCUGUCCGGCCCCGCCGCCGGCGGCCUCCUGGCGCGGAGGAGGGAAGCUGAUGUGGCAGCUGUAGCCAUGUGGUCAGCUGAUGAGGUUGCUGGUCUGUGCUACACACAUUAUAGCACCAAGCUUCCUAAGCAGGGGAAGCCGGAUCCUAACCGGGAGUGGACUUUACUGGCAGCUGUGGUUAAAGUGGAGUCUGCGCCUGAAAGAGAGGCUUGCCUUAAUGUUGGGAAUCUGCAGGUAACUAAGGAAGUUGUUGCUAUGGGGACUGGAACUAAAUGCAUUGGCCGUGCAAGAAUGAGGAAAACUGGGGAUAUUCUCAACGACAGUCAUGCUGAAGUCGUUGCCAAGAGGAGUUUCCAGAGGUAUCUCCUCCACCAGCUGUGGCUGGCAGCCUCACACCAGCAGGGCAGCAUCUUCAGCCCAGGGACUGAGAGUGGGAAAUGGAAACUCAAACCACAUAUCACCUUUAUUUUUUUCUGCAGCCAUACCCCCUGUAAGUACAUAAGAGCCAAUCCCUCGCCCUCUCAUCCCUGCCUGAUGCAUCUGAGCCAGCUACCCCAACCAUGGCUGAGAGAGGGUGGGGAUGCCUCCAUUAUUCCAAUGACCAAACCAGAGGACCAGCCUUGUGAGCUGGUUAGUAGAAAAGAUCCAAGAAGGCAUUCAGCUGAGUGCAGUGGCAACCAUGAUCCUGUGGGUCCAGAAAAUAAAAGGAAAACAGAGGAAACUGCAAGUGAUCAUGUGAUCAAGAGAAUGAAAACUGUCAUCAGUGAUUCUACAUGUGAGGUCACUGAAAGAAUAGCUGAUCAGUAUGUUCCUGGCAAUCAACAAAAUGUACAAGACACAGAUCCCAGCUGCUCUGAAUUUAUUACAGGUGGACAAAGACAGAUCUUAACGUGUGCUAAGGAGACUGGACUAAUAGGAGCCAAAGUGAUGGAUGUUUAUAGAACUGGAGCAAAGUGUGUGCUGGGAGAGAGGGAUGAUGCUCGGAGACCUGGGGUAGAAUAUCAUCAUGUUGGGUUACUACGAGUGAAGCCAGGCCGUGGAGACAGGACCUGCUCCAUGUCCUGCAGUGAUAAACUAGCUCGCUGGAAUGUACUGGGCUGUCAAGGAGCCCUCUUGAUGCAUUUCCUACAGCACCCGGUAUAUCUCUCAGCAGUUGUAGUGGGGAAAUGCCCAUAUAGCCAAGAAGUCAUGCGGAGAGCAGUUAUUGAAAGGUGUCAGCACAUCUCAUUUUUACCAGAUGGUUUCCAUGUUCAGGAGGUGAAAAUGUUGCAGUCAAAUCUUCAGUUUAAACAUAGCCGCCAUGCAAUUCAGACAGCUCACACUAAUGGCAAAGCAAAGCUUGUUCCUUGUGGAGCAGGAACAGGCAGAAUCCCACUGUUGCCGGCACCCAGUGCCGAGAGGCUGAACAACAGCUUGAGUGGUUCGUUACCCGGUGUGCUACACCCAAUAAUCACAACGGGGUGGAGAAGCAGAAAAGUUUAUUUGCAGCUGCAAAAAGCUAUCAGCUGGAGUGCUGUCCCUGAGCAACCUCUAGAUGUUACCUCAAAUGGCUUCAAGCAGGGAACAACAAAGAAAGGAAUCGGAAGUUACCAGACCAGGUCCCGGAUCUGUAAGGUGGAACUUUUCCAUGUAUUCCAAAGGCUGAUGGCUAGUAUUUCACAGGAGAAUCUGCCAGAAUCUCUCAGGGAGAAGAAGUUGGAGACCUACUGGGAGUACAAGGAAGCUGCAGCAAACUAUCAAGAAGCUUGGAAAGCGUUGCAUAGCCAGGCCCUAGGAACCUGGGUCAAGAAUACCAAGGAUUACCUGCAGUUUACAUAAAAUGGCAGCUGUGUGAGCCCAGCAUUGAUGGAGCCUUCAGACACAGAGUGGGAGAUGUUGCUUUAGAGUGUGGGCCAAAUUCUGGCUGUCAGUUGAAGGCAGCACUUUGUCUCUAAGGCCCAGCUGUUUAAAGGGAUUUGAGUCAUUGCAAUGCCUGACUGAUUUAGGAGACUAAAUCCCAUUUUCCAAGGGAGCGUGGGAUUUAGGCUGAGCACAGCAACACCUCAAUAUCUUUAAAAAUCUGAGCCUGAGCUCUGAGGGAGGGGGAUAGAAAAGGGAACUUGUUAUGGCUGCUUGCGUAUGUCAUUCUUUACGAAAUAUAAAUUAGAUCCCAGUGGGCUUGGGUGGUCACUUCUGAGCUGCAUGUACCAUGGCAUAUGUCAAGGCUGAAUCCUCGCUCUGGCACUUUGAAUGCAGAAGGUGGGGGCCCGCAAAGAUUUUAAGUUAAUACUUGCUACUCCAGGCUUGUAUUAAACUCCCAAGGUUACAGCUUUUCUCUGACCUUGGCGUGGUAAACGCCACCACCGAAAUGCAAAAACCCACUUGAACCUAGGAAGAAGCACUUGGGAAUUCCUCCCUGUGGGGUACCCUCAAGCUCUUUCACCCCCCUUCAGGGAAGAGCUGAGAAAGAAAACAAAGGAAAUUAGCUGUUGCCACCAGGCAAUUAAACAACAUAUGCACAAACCUCUUAGGACACCAAAAAUCCAAUUUUGUUCUUAAGAAAGGUAAAUUUUAUUAAAAACAAAAAGGAAGAAAAUACAUCUGGAACUUAGGCUUUUGCUAGAUUUUAAAGGAGUAAUUCCAAAAAUGAAGCACCCAAAAUAGCUUUCUUGGGGGUUCAUCUUAAAGGUUACAAGCAAACAAAAGCAUCUGGGGUUAGCACAGAGGAGAUCUACAAGCCUUACAGAAAUAAAGCAAAUAACCCUAAUUGUGUCUUUCUAGACAUUUUCUGAUCUACUUGCAUAUUUGGGGGAAUACCAAGUAAUUCUAGGUAUGAUCUGAUGAUUUCUCAUACCUGGCUUAAAGCUGCUUAUAAUAAUGCAGCUACGUGUCUCCUCUCUGCAGAGAACAACCACAAACAAGGGGGAGUUUUGUUUCAAUUUUUUAAAGUUCUAGCCAUCCCAUUGGCUCUUUUGGUCAGGUGUCCACUCCUUUCUUUUUACCUGUGGACUUUUUAACCCUUUACAAGUAAAGCAAGUAGAGAACAGCUACUCAGAGGGAUUUUAUAGCUAGCUGGCUGGCCGAGUGUCCAUAAAAGAGAGCUAGUCCCCCCCCCUUCAUUUAUCACAGCGUAUGAGUAGGGGAAGUUCUGAUCCAUCUACUACAAACUCUGAUGUAUUUGACAAGGGAGAUGAAAGUAGGAAGGGGUGACAUGCCAGCCUUUCCUUCUGCUGCAGAAGAGAUACAGCACCCAAACCUGUUGGUUUGGUACUAUAUGUUCUCUCAUACCUCCAAGCCAAGACCAAUCCCAGAGAACUGAGGUAUCUAAUCACCCCACUGAUGAGAGAUAAUGUGAUAAGAGUUGGGUAAAAAAUGGGGCUUUUAAUCAGUCAUUUUAUUUUUUAUAUCCAGAUCGUUCCAUAAAUGAUUCCACAUUUUACAGUGGGAAGGUUUUUAAAAAAAAUCUGAAUCAGAGAGCAGAAAGGAUGCUGCAUUUCAAUUAAAAACAAUUUUCAGUGAGAUAAGAAACUAUGAAGUCUAAGCCAACAGACACAUGACAGAAAUACUAACACUGAGACACCCAAGCCUUUUAUUAACCAUUUCUCCUUGGGAAAACAGAUCUUGGUUGUACCAUUAAGGGCCUCAGUGUUACCAUUUGGCUUGUGCCAUGUGUUAACUGAGCCUGGUAGAAGCUGGAGAGGCUUGUGGUAGCAAUAUACAGUCCCUGACAGGCUUUGCUUUAAUAUAUGGGUCUAAGCAAAAUAUUACUAGAUGAUAUCAGCAUGGCAGAACAGUCUAAGACUAAUGGAAAAUGUCCUAGUUAAACUAGAAGCAUGUGGUGCACCCAGAUUCUUCCAUCUGGGGAAUUGACUGUUCACGUGGUCAUAUUUUAUUUCUUUAGCCCGAUGCUGAGAUUAUAUAAUCACCCAAGAGCCACUGUUCACUCAGACUUCUGUCCUGCUAUAGCCUAAAUUUUACAAAACCAUUGAGCAUGGUGAUGGCAGCUGUAUCCUGCUCUAAUGCAUAGGAGGGAGAAAAGGAGCUAAACCUAUUGCCUUCCUUGCCAAUCCUUUUGGUUUACACAGUGGUGAAAUUAUGGUUUCAUGUAGGAAGUGAUAAAGCUGUAGGAGGAGAAAGCCUGAGUCUGAUCUGUCUACUCCCAUACUUUUCAUAGCCAGCAUCAACAUCCCAGGCCCUCUUGAAAGAACUGAGCCAGUGUAGGGGUAAAGGAGUUGAUAUCUAGAACUUGUGUAAGGAACCAGCAGGUCAGGCCAGAUCCCAAUAUAUUUUAGAGUUGGGGUGAACUGCAGGAAAGUGAAGCAUCUAGGAAGAAGGUAUGGUCACUUAAGAUGGAGAAGCAGCAGGUCUUAGCAGUUAGUGCACUAUAAUACACUAAUAUAAAAACGAACCAGUAUAUUUUCAAACUCAUUACCUCCGCCCUUUUCUAAAGUCUUGUGAGAUACCAUGUAGCCAGCGUAAACCAGAUCUUCUGAAUGUGCUUGUUUUCCCCCUUUGUUAUUCAUAAACAAGGUCUCCAGUGAACCUGCAAA